AUGAGCGGCUACGCUUACGAGGCCCCCGGCGGCCACCCGCCCAACCCCUACGAGGUGCCCUACGGCUACGACCACGCCGCCUCGGCGUACGGCGCGCAGGCGCAGUGCGACGGCGGCCAGUACGCGUCGCCGGGAGAGGAGAUCCGCACAAUCUUCAUCACGGGUUUCCCGGACGACGUGAAAGAGCGCGAGCUUAAUAACAUGCUGAGAUUCCUGCCGGGCUACCAGGCGUCGCAGAUGAACUGGAAGAACGGGCAGGCGCAGGGCUUCGCUCUCUUCUCGCAUCCCCAGGCGGCGCGGGCGGCGGUCUCGGCGAUCCACUCCCUCUGCUUCGACGAGAACAGCAUACUGCGGGCGGAAAUGGCGCGAAAGAACAUGUACCUGAGGGAGGACGCGUGCGCCAAGAGGCCGCGGGCGGCCGGCGGGCCGGAGGUGGCGCCCGUGGCCCCCACGGCCUACGCGCCCGUGACCAACAACCGGGACAACCCGCCCUGCAACACGCUCUUCAUCGGCAACCUCAGCGACGCGGUCAGCAAGCAGGAGCUGGAGGCCCUCUUCGCACACCAGCCGGGGUUCAAGCAGAUGAAGCUCGUGCGGGCGCCCAGGUGCAUAAACUGCUUUGUGGAGUUCACUGACCUGGCUUCGGCCAUGGCGGUCCACCAGUCCCUGCAGGCACUGAGGCCCAAUACGAGGUAG